CAUCUUUAAGCGUCUCCUUAACGCCCCCCACCAACCACCUCUGCGUGCUGCCCCUGUCCCGUCCCCGGCCGGCCGAUGAGCUAGCUGCGCCAUCUUCAAUGCCCCCGCCUCCUACGCUAUAAAUCCCCUCGCCGCCUUUCUUCUCACUCCCCUCACUACACUCCCACAGCAGCAGCACCAGCAGCAAGCAGAGAGCGCGCAGCACACUCUCAUCUCUAGUCUAGAGCAAGAAGAGGCGAGGGUAAUGGCGAAGUCUGCAGCCAAGAUGGUGGUGGCGGCUCUGCUCGUCCUGGCCGUGGCCGCGGCGACCGCCGAGGCGAGGAACAUCAAGACGACGGCGGUGGCGGGCAAGGACGACGCGGUCGUGCAGCCGCAGACCUUCCCGCCCUUCGACCGCCUCGGCGGCGGCAUGCCCGGAGUAGGCAGCAGCAUCCCGGGGUUCGGCAGCAUGCCCGGCGGCAGCACCAUCCCGGCGUUCGGCGGCAUGCCCGGUUCCGGCAGCAUCGGCAGCAUGCCCCUCUUCGGCUCCCCGGGCCUCGGCGGCUUCGGCGGCAUGCCGGGCUCCCCCGCCGCCGGCUCCGUCGCCGAGCACUCCAAGCAGCCCUGAAGUCCGUCCGCGUGGUAGAGAUUUGUUAGCUCGGUAAUGCUACACAGUUCGUCGUGCUCGUGCGUGCAUGCACGCACGCAAGCGUGGUUUGGUUGGUUUCCUGGGCUCCAUCUAUCUGUGUGCCGUUCGUAUGUGCAGUUAGGCUUGCACCCUUCGUCUAGCUAGCUAGCUCGUGCUCUGCCCCUUCUAGUUACCCCGCAUUGGAGAGAGUUAGAUGUGUUGGUUGUGUUUGAUUUGUUGUCGAUUAGGUCGAUGGUGUUGAGUUCUUGGUCAUGUAGUGGCGAUGUUCUUAAGGCAUGAAUAAUGCUACAUAUAUGAUAUAUGUGAUGUUUGUGUUGUGGUAAA